AAACGAUGAGUGGUCACUUCUGAAGGUACAGUUUGACAGCCAACGCCAGUCAGUAACAUUUCAAACAAACCGACUCCUCGUCGUCAGAAUCCUUAGAACAAUAAUCAUGAAGUGCAUCGCAGCUGUAGUCAUGAUGGCCCUUGCCCUUGCCGUUGCUGAAGGAUCUCUGUAUGGCUAUUCCCCACUUGCGUACUCCCUGCCUCAGACCACCCUGAUUCAGGAUAAUUCGUACGCUUCCUACUACGGUGCCCCGCUGGGAUAUGCUGCCGCUCCUGCUGCGCUGAGUUACGCUGCCCACGUCCCCGCUUACCCAACUGCCUACUAUCAGCCCGCCGUUGCCGUUUUGGCCCAGAAGGAAGCUCGCUACCUGGCUGCCAACCGAGGAGCCGUUCACGAUGCGCCCCUCCCUGGACAUGCCAUCUCCCAGCAAUCGCUCAAUCUGGCCCCAGCUCCGGGAACUCUGUAAAUUUUCAUCAAGUAUGACAAAUUUGAUCUAGAGAAAUUUCGGAACUUGUAAAUAAAACCAAUUGGCUGAAAAUUCGCACGUA